CGCGCGGCGGCGAGGCUCCUGGGAAACUCUCACGGCCCGGGGACUUUGGAAAGGAGAGAGCGAGCAGCCCUCGCGCGCGCAAGUCGGCAAGUGAGCGCUCCGCUCGGCACCUGUUCCUCUCGCCCCACCGCCUUCCCAAUCCUCGGACCCGCGCCUCCCUGGGCGCCUGCCCGUUCCCGCAAUGAAUCCGGCGCUGGGCAACCAGACCGAUGUGGUGGGCCUCUUCCUGGCCAACAGCAGCGAGGCGCUGGAGCGCGCCGUGCGCUGCUGCACCCAGGCGUCCGUGGUGACCGACGACGGCUUCGCCGAGGGCGGCCCGGACGAGCGCAGCUUGUACAUCAUGCGCGUGGUGCAGAUCGCGGUCAUGUGCGUGCUCUCGCUCACUGUGGUCUUUGGCAUCUUCUUCCUCGGCUGCAACCUCCUCAUCAAGUCCGAGGGCAUGAUCAACUUCCUGGUGAAGGACCGGAGACCGUCUAAAGAGGUGGAGGCGGUGGUCGUAGGGCCCUACUGACCGGCCCUCCGGCCCCCGCGGCAGCUGCCCCACGCCUCCCCACUUCGCCUGCCCGGCCGCGCCCCCUCACCAUCCGAGACUGGGCGAAGCAAACCUGUCGGAGUCAAAUUCUUUCUCUCGACUUCUGCCUUUCGGGAUGAAGCGACCCGUUUUUGGCUCGCCUUCUGAAACUCCCCAUGCCUGGGUGUAGAAGAGCGCCCAGACUCUAGACUCAGCAGCAAGUGGUAAAAAGAGGGCGAUUAGGGCGCAGAACUUUGGAAGCUGCCGAUAGCGUGGGAUGUGGGGAGACCGACGGGGCGAAGGCCCUUCUCCACCCGCAGGUGGGCCAAGUCUGGGGGCAGAUGGAGAGGGCGGGCAGGGGAGAGACACAGCGGCACCGAUUGCCUGGUGGCCGGAAAAAGUGACCUGCGUAUACGCCACGCAACAGAUCUAAUGGAGACACACAAAUCCGUGUCCAAAUUCGCGCCCAAUCCCUCCCGCUCCUCCCAGCCCUGGCGGGAGAGGCGAUAAAUACCUUUGAUUGAUAGUACCGUGCCGUUUUAAGGAAUUUUGUGUUUGCUUGAAUACAAAUAUUUGAUAAGUCCUUUUCUG